AUGAAUGAACCACCACUCGUACCAUAUUCUUUUCCAAUAAUUGGUCAUACUAAAGAAUAUUUUACAAAUACUGAAAGCUUUCUCACUACAUGUCGCAAACAGUACGGUGAAAUUUUCUCACUUUAUGUUUUCGGUGAAAUAAUAACCAUAAUUGGCAAAGAACAUAGCUUUGAAAUUACCAAGAAUCAUAAUGACUUUAAUUUUUUUGAAGCCUUCAGAGAAACAUUACCGACUGAUUCGUUGUUAAGACGUCCAAUAACUUUCAAUAUAAAUCUUAUUAAACUUGUUAAUGACAGAUUUUCUAGUACCGGGCGAUAUAUAACAUAUAUGAAUAAAAUUCAAGAUGCAUUAAAAAUAUCUAUCGAUAAGUAUAUCGGUGAAUGUAUCGGUCAAAAAUACAUAAAGUCUCUUGAUAACGUAGCUUCACAAUUAGUGGCAAGAAAUAUCGUUAGCAUUGUUCUUGGAGAGAAGUUUUCAUAUGAUGAUGAAAUUGUCAAUACGUUCGCAAAUCUAACAACUGAAAUUACUGGAUUGGUCCAUUUUCCACCGAUUCUAAACUUUAUUCAUAAAUCCCUUCAUAGAAGCCUUUUAAUAUUUCGACUAAAAUACGCUAGCAAUGUUUACCCAAAACAUAGAAACUUACUCUUUAAUAAACUUUCACUAAUAAUUAAGCAACGGGAACAUGAAAAAAAAGAAUUGGGUGAUACUUCGGCGGACAUUUUACAAAUGUUUAUUGACUUUUCAACCAAAGAUGAUAUUGUAGAUCUGCAAGAAUUAACUGACUAUAUUGUUGAAUUUAUAUUUAUUUCUGUACAAGCAACUUCAAAUGCUUUAAGAUAUACGCUCUACGAAUAUGGUUCUCAUCCUGAAUAUUGGAAAGAAUUGCUUGAAGAAAAUGAAAUGAUAUCCAAUAUUGUUAAAGACGGAUAUUUUGAUCUUAAAGAUAUUGAUAAGAUGGUUAAAUUGGACAGCUUUAUAAAAGAAACCUUGAGAUAUUGGAUGCCAUGUGGUAAAGAUCAUAAUAUUGCUAAACUUGGAUUACAGCACAAAACUAUUAGUGAUUAUUUUACUUUCUCAAAUGGGUAUCAAGUUCCUAAAGGUAGAAAUGUUUAUUUAUACGUUUCUAAUAUUCACGAAACUGAUCAAAUUGGAAGUACAUUUAAUGGUUUUCGAUAUGUUGGAAAAAAUUCUCCAGCCACAAGAUUAGGAGAUGACUUCGUACCAUUUGGUCGAGGAAGACAUGCAUGUUAG